AUGCCGUUGUGCAUGUCGCAUCGCACCAUUACGCUUAAUUUCAGGGAUAUUGAAUUGGAUCACACAUGGGAUAUUGAUUCGCUUCCCUGGGAGUUAUUCCAUCACCCAUCCAAGAAAAAAUUCUACUACAGUUCUGUCACCUCUCUUGACACUGAGCUGCUUGAAGCUAUACAGCCACAUAUCGCAGACAUAUCUAUUGGCAAACCAGAUGAGGUGCGGAAGAUCCACCAAAGCUCAGCAACUGCUUUCCUAUAUCUCUUUCUCUCCCUCAGCUCCCCACAGACUCAUGCCGCGGUGUACACACUACGAUCAACCAUCCCCAUUGGUGCUGGAUUAGGGAGCAGUGCUAGUAUAGCUGUCUGUCUUAGCGCAGCUCUUUUGUUACAGAUACGUAUUCUAGCAGGUCCACAUCAAGAUCAGCUGCCUGAAGAGGCAGAAACCCAGAUUGAGCGAAUAAACAAGUGGGCGUUCGUUGGUGAAAUGUGCAUACAUGGCAACCCCAGUGGUGUGGAUAAUACUGUGUCAGCUGGCGGGAAAGCCGUCAUAUUUAGAAGAGGAGAUUAUUCCAAACCGCCCUCCGUGACUCCCAUACUUGAUUUCCCCGAACUUCCUCUCCUCCUUGUUAAUUCGCGCCAGCCACGGUCCACUUCAGUUGAGGUCGCGAAAGUUGCCAACUUUUGCAAAGCACACCCUGCCGUUUCUGAAUCGAUCCUCGAAGCCAUAGAUCAGGUUACGGAAUCUGCCAGCAACCUCAUCCAGUCCGGGCGCUUUGAUAAAAGCUCCAGCGAGGCGAUCGAUCACUUUGGCGAGCUAUUCCGCAUCAACCAUGGCCUCCUCGUUUCACUCGGAGUAUCUCAUCCCCGCCUUGAGCGCAUCCGAGAAUUAGUUGACCACACUGGCUCAGGCUGGACGAAACUUACAGGUGCUGGCGGCGGUGGUUGCGCGAUAACAUUGCUGAGAACAAACACAGACCCAGCAGCAUUGAAGCGCCUAGAAAAAACACUAGACGACGAAGGAUUUGAGCGUUAUGAAACCAUUCUGGGUGGCCAUGGUAUUGGAGUGCUGUGGCCUGCUGUACUGAAGAAUGGAACGGACGAGGAAGGUGGGGAGGAGAUUGACCAACAAAAAUUCGAGAAUGCGGUUGGGAACGCUGGGAUUGAACGUUUAGUGGGUGUGGGUGGGCAUGAGAAGCGAGAGGGCUGGAAAUUCUGGAAGCGUGGAAGUAAUGCGAACUAG